AUGUCGAUGAUGGUACCUACUCAUGUCAUAUUUUUGUUGUUAUUUUUCUUAUUUACAGAGGGCUGUAAUGCAUAUGGUUAUGCCUGUUAUGGUGGUCAUGGUAAACGUUCAUUGCAUACACAACCGGGCGAGACAACAGGUAUGGAACUAAAUGAUUUACAAGAACGUCCGGAUACUGUGGUGCAAUUUUAUCCUAGUGAAGCAAAUGUGUUAAUAGAUGGUAACCUAGAGGCAAUACCAAGAUACAAAUUAAUUAAAAUGAUGAAAUCAUGGUUUGGUAAUCCCCAUAGAAGACCAGUUGCUGAACGUAUACCAGAAAUUGACUAUCCCUUUUCGGCUGAAUUUCUAAAUCGUGAAAGUAAUUCCGCCACUAAUAACAAUUCCUAUAAAUAAAUUUUAACUACAACAAAAAAAAACACUAUUUAUAAACAACAAAACUUAUCAA